AUGUCUCAGCAGCCAAAACAACGCGGAAGAAAAGGCCCGGACCUCCGUCGAUCUCUCGUUGUCUUGAGAUGGAAUGAUGUUGCGGAUUUGAAUGAAUUGCACAGUUGGAAACGAGUUGCAGGCCUAUCAACUGGCGUCGAGAAGGAAGAAGAAGAGGAGCACCAUUUACAGGAGGCAUUGACCAAGAACCAGCUUGGAAAUAAUGCUGCUCAAGUAUACAUACCUGUACCAGACGCGUCUGUUAUUCGAGAUGACGCAGCUCGGUUCUACUCCAAGAUCUUCCAUCGACCAAAGACCAUGAUACGCUUCUCAACCCAACUCGAAGAUUGUAUCGGUUGCCCAUAUAACUUGGAUGAGGUUGAUGAUGAAUGGCUCAAUUCAUAUAACGCAUCAAUACAAAUGGAGAACCUCGAAUCAAAUCUCAGUGAAGACAUAUUCGAGAAGCUUAUGUGGGUCCUGGACAAGCUUUGUAGUGAUAAGGUCAUUGGUGAACCGCCGACUCUGGAAGAGUUUGAAGCCGCCACAGAUUCUGAGAUUGCUCGCACCGAUGCCAUAUCAAAAGCAAGACCAUUAGUGUAUGAACAUUGGAAGAAACGGUCGAAUGAACGAGGCAAUCGACCUGUGAAUGCAACCUUGAGGGGCGAAGAGCAGAGUCUCAAUCCAGACACAGAUCCAUAUGUUUGUUUCCGUCGUCGUGAAGUCAAGCAAAUGCGCAAGACUCGCAAGACCGAUAAUCAGUCUCUUGAUAAACUACAACGGCUUCGGAAGGAAAUGGAAAUGGCUAAACGAUUGAUCGAAUUGGUUGCUCAACGUGAAGUGUUGCGGAAAGACGCCUUGAGCUUUGAGCACGCUGUCUUUGAGCAACGAGUCGUAGUUAGAAGGCUCAAGAAGAAGCUGGGUCUACCUAUUGAUAGAGAUGAACGCAGCCCAAGCAAGAAACGAGAAAAGGCUGGGUACAAGCUUAUGAUACCUCUUGGCAAACUUAGAAGAGCAGGCGAAAUGUCAAAAUCCUUGCAAGAUGCUGCUGGAGAUUACUAUCAACCUGGACAGGAAUAUCAAGAAGCCUAUGAAGUCUCCAAACGUCAAAAGCUCGAUGACGAAGCUGGCGGUUGGUUUGAUGCCAAAGAAGAACCAUAUAUAGUACCAGCACCAACACAAAAUGUACCUCGACAUUAUUGGGUAGAUGACCUUCCAGUUGCCCUAGUAGAGAAUCCUCCAGCCUCGUCAUAUAGAAUACCGAGAGGUAGAAGGAGAGUUGGUAGAGGUGGACGAGUUAUGUUUGAUCGUCACGUCCCUCGAUCUGAAAGGAUAUCUUGGGAUGAACCACCAGUUCCCGAUGCUUUGUAUGUAGAUAAUGAUAGGAAUGUAGAAGAGGAGAUAUGGAGGAGAGAAGAAAGAUGGAGACAUGAUAACUUCAGCGACGAUGAGGAUGAAGAACCACAAGAGAUUGAAGACAACCCACAUAAUAUGGCAUAUCGUGCCUUCUAUUUGGGAGCUACAACGGAGAUAGAAUAUCGAAAUCUUGUCAAUCAACCAACAUUUAAAGCACAAUUCUUUGCAUCACCAUCAACACCAGCUGAACGGGCUGCUAUAAUUCCACAACCACCGCCUCAAAUCAUAAAGGCGCCAUCUGCUACAACGGGGGUGACUGGUAACUCACCUGUACCAACAGGAUUACCUCAACCUCUUGUAGCUGCUCAGAAGAAUCGUAGACCAGGAGUUGGCAAUGGUACUAAAGGUUCUACACCAACACCCGAUAUUCCAGUCAAGGCACCUACUCCAUCACCUCAGAAACGUGGAAGUACGAAAGCAGGAUCUGCACCACCCCCAGAACAGAAUCUUGAUCCACGACAACAAAAUGUACAUGCUAUGCUAGCUGAAGCUCAACGUCGUGCUCAGAAUACAGCAAUGCUAUUACAACAAUACAAAUCAGUAGGUGGAGCUCCUGGAUCUCCUACAGUAAUGACGAGUAACACUCCUCUACCUCUUACCAAUGGUCCGUCAACACCUGGAGCAUCAAAUUCACUAGUAUUGGCAAAUGGAGGUGCACCAGGGAGUCCUUCAGCAGGAUUGCCUGUAAAACAAUCUAGUGAUAAUGUAGUUGGCAAUGGUGGUAAUGUUGUUGGAAAUGGGAAUGCCAAUAAUCAAGCAAAUAUGAUGACUACACAAAUGGCAAUCCAGCAAGCCCAAAUCUUUGCUCAGAUUCAACAACAGCAAAAGCAAGCAAAGAUUGCUCAAUUACAGCAAGCAGCUGCUACACAACGACAAGGUGGAUCAGCAUCUCCUCAACCAGCACUGAAUGGUUUGGGGAUGUCCCAGGCACCAGCAGUUACAACACAACCGGCAUUUGGUAACUUUGCUAACCAGCAACAGUAUCUAAAUGCCUUAUUGAGUAUGAAUCCGGGUGGAAUUCCUCAACAACAGCAACAACGCCCCAAUAAUACUAAUAAUACUCGAAGUGGUGGCGUACCUCAACAACCGCAACAAGCAGGUGGCUUCAAUCUCCAGAACGCACUUCUCAACAAUCAAUUAAAAGCUGCCUUGGCACAGCACACCAUGCAGCAAGCUGGUAUAGGAGUAGGAGUAGGAGGAGGCCCAUCAACACCAGCUCCACAUCCACUACAAGGCCUCUUGAUGCAACAACAACAGAAACCAAUAACAACCCCACAACAGCAACAACAGCAAGCAGCAGCUCAGGCUCAACAAACCCGUAAUCUCCAAUUACUCUUCCAACAAAACCCAGCCUUGCAAGCAAAUCCGGGUAUGGUGUUUCAGAUGCUUCAGCUUCAGCAGCAACAACAGCAACAGCAAGCUGCAGCCGCCGCAGCUGCUGCUGCUGGUGUUGGUAAUAAUAAUAUAGAACAGGUUAUGAUGCAGCUACAGAACAUGGCUGCACAAAAUGCAAUCCAACAACAAUUGCAACAGCAACAGCUUCAACAACAACAACAGCAGCAACAACAACAACAGCCACAGCAACAACAGCAAACUGGUGGUGGUGGUGACGAUGAUGGUCAAAUGGGCUCAUUGCCACAAACACCCACAGCCAGAUCUGCUGCUUAA